AUGUAUUGGAUUGUAAGAUUUCUCCGAAUACUCCGCAAAAGGCGCGGUUCACAGGUUCGUCGAUAUGGUGAUCUAGAAAACAGAGCACCUGACAAUGAUACUAGCGAAGAAGUACUCUAUGAUACAGCAGAUUCCGUCAAUGGAAUUUCAAGAGAGCCUUCAAACUCGGCUUUUGUCCCGAUUGGCCAUAUCUCACUGGAUUCCAAAAACAAGGACGCCGAGAGGAUUGGUCUCGAGCUACCACCAAGAGUCUUCUGGAUCAAAAGCUUUUUUAUCCUACAAAACAUACAAGGCCAAGGAAUUGGUCGAGCAGCCAUGGAUGCGAUCGAAGAUAUGGCGACUAGGGAACCAUUUUGGGCGCAAACCCUCAUGUUGGAUACUGUCACGAGCGCCCACCAAAUGAGAGAGGACUUUGCAAUAUCUACGUACGGCGCGAUCCCCAAGAUUACAAAUGAGGCCUGGUAUGGCCGCCGUGGAUAUAAGCCGCUGAAAGUUGUGCCGAAUUACUAUGAUGUUUGGGAUGGAGAUGGAAACAGGUGGGAUAUAGAGAUUGUUUUUAUGAGAAAAGACAUUUAG